AUGCCGCCCAAGGCUGCCGUCGAGGACUUCGACGAUGACUUCGAGUUCGACCUGCCGACCGUAGCGUCUCCCGGCGUCUCACAGGCGCAGGCGGGAGGUGCUCCUCAAGCCGACCAGAUGGCCGCCUUCCAAAAGAUGAUGGAGCAGAUGGGUCAAGCCCCCGGCUCUGGCGACUUUGGCUCUUCUCGACCUCCCGCAGACCUCGCCGUAGCUGGUGGCAGCGGCUCGAAGUCUGACAACGACGGCGAACACAAAAAGUGGGUCAGCGUCUACCCCAUCUACUUUGACGCCAAGCGACACUACGGCAAGGGAUGUCGACGAGUCUCCUACGAGAAAUCAAGCCCGUUCCCCACACAGCUCUGGAUUGCCAAAGCAGUAGGCCGACUUCAACUCAAGUACGUGCAGGAGCCGUACAAGACGCAUCCUCAAGACUGGGAGAACCCGGGCCGAGUCAAGGUGCAGCUGUUCAACGAGGAUGGCGAGCCGACCCACAGCCGCUUCGCCAGCAAGAAGCAGCUCUUCGACGCCAUUGCAGAGACGAUCCAACCCAACUGCGGAGGCAAGCCACCUGCGAUCGAGCCACGCAAGAAGCGCGUUCGCCCUUCGACGAUGAAGAAGCAGGCUCUCGCCGAAAACGCUGAAGCUGCCGCUGCUGGGACGUCUGCUUCCACUGAAGCCGGGGCCUCGAAGAAGAACAAGAAGAAGGCCGCGGCCGCCGCCUCUUCCAGCUCGAUUGCUGCUGGUCCUUCCAAGCCUACGCUGACCAAGGAGCAACGCAAGGAGAUUCUUCAGGCCAAGCGCGACCCUAACCCGAACCCGAUCCGCGAGCGUCUGGCCAAGAUCAAGUUCCCGCCCACGCUGGAAGCACGUCUCCCCCCUCACUCGCCCGCGAUCGAAGGCGGAUUGCUCAACAUGAACCUCGCCGAAGCGAUGGGCGGACCGGGCAUGCCAGGAGCAGACGCACUUGGUGGUCUCGGUGGUAUGCUCGGUGGCAUGGGUCUCGGCGGAAAUGAUGACGAGGAGGAAGAGGAAGAGGAGAAGGAAGAUGCGGCAGCCAAGAAGAAGGACCCGAUGAACCCGCUCAACCUGGGACGCAGGCAGAGGAAGAAGGUGGUUCGUAUCGGACGUUGA